AUGACCAGAUUCACUCUUGCGACCCUCCAGACGUCGGAUGGCCCCCAGGCGGCCAUCGGAGUGGGCGACAGCUAUUACCAGUUAUCGAAAGCAUCAGACGAAUUCCAGCGCGACAGUGUCAAGUCGUUGUUAGAGGACUGGUCCAGCGCCUUCACCAGGCUGCAGAACUUGGCCGAUGGAAUUGCCUCGGGGAACAAUACCAGGGCUUCUGCAAUAGCCAUGGACAAAGCUGAUCUUCUUACUCCCAUUAUGUGGCCCAAUAAGUUCAUAUGCGUCGGCGCAAAUUAUGUCGGCCACCUCAAAGAGAUGGGACUGGAUACCAACAAAUGGAAGACCAUGCCCUUCUUCUUUUGCCCUCCGACCACCUGUCUUGUUGGUCCAGGCGAGACGGUUGAGAUUCCUAAAACGACUAAGGAAUUCGAUUGGGAACUUGAGCUCGCUGUGGUGGUUGGUAACCGGCUUCGGAAUGCCACAUUGCAGGAGGCUGCUCAGGCGAUUGCCGGAUACUCUAUCGGGCUCGAUUUGUCCUGUCGAGACCUGACUUUGACCGACACUGCGAUUCGUGUCGAUCUUGUCCGCGGAAAGGCUCAAGACACUAUGGGACCAUGUGGGCCGCACAUACUGCCCGCCCAGUUCUUGCCCGACGUCACGAAUCUAAAGCUCACUCUCAAUGUCAAUGGGAAGCAGAUGAUGAACUCUUCGACAAAUGAGAUGUUGUACUCUUGCGAAGAGAUGUUGGCGGUUAUAAGCGAAUUCGUCACGCUGGAGCCAGGUGAUCUGGUCUUCACGGGCUCUCCCUCGGGCUCGGCUGGCGCUCAUGGAAACUGUUGGCUCAAACCGGGAGAUGAGAUUCAUGCCGAGAUUGAAGGGAUCGGGGCGUUGGACGUACGAAUGAAGAGAUCCUGA